AUGCCACCACAACCAGGAUUUCCAGGUCAUAACGAUCCGAUGCUUCAAUUCGACGUAGGCAGCUGGUCCGACGACGACUUACUUCCCGGUGGUCGACUGGACUCAGGGCCAAGAAUGGCCAACAACGACGCCAAGAAGGCCAACAAGAACGACAAUAGCAAGAAGUCUGGCCCCGUCGAGGUCGACUAUGAGGGCCACAUGCUGGAGAAGCUCGAGGCGCGACCUGGAGAGAAAUCAAGCUGGUCUCGGGUUGGUCGCCGUAUGAUGCCCUUCAGCAAUGAGAAGUUCGCCGACAUCAGCAGAAAAGUUCGUGAAGAGAGCCGGAUGGGACCCAUGACGACCUAUGCAGGCCUGAGUGCUGAUCAACAGGGCGUCAUCACACGACUCAUCGAGACCAGACAGCUUGAGGAGAAGGACAAAAACGCCGAGUGGGUACUGGAAUGUGUUCGGCGUUACACCAAAGCCGAGUCUACCUGGCGAAGGACUACUAUCGUCUGCAAGAAGCUUCUCGUCGUCCUGAAACGUCAAGAUCGUAAUAUUACAAAGUCAGGUCAGAAGAUCACCGCAAGCGGACCUGCAAGCUACCAGUACACGGAGAUCAUUGACCUUAACCAGCCGCUUCCGAAGAAGAAAGAUCAAAACAAGAACAGCAAGCAGAAGAAUGGCGAUCUCGGACACCACGACGUUAUGGGCAUGCCAUUGAGUGGUGGUAUGCCAGAUCCUUUCGCCAACCUGGGAAUGGGUGGCGACUUCCCUCCUCCACCUCCACCUCCACUUCAAAGACAUGAUCAGCCCCAACACCGACAGGACUUUGGGCCGCCUCAAGGUCCGCCUCAAGGCCUACCUCAUGGUGCUAUCCAUGUUGAUCACCAACCCCUGCCACCACACCAUCACCAGCAGCAGCCCAUGCACUACGACCAUCACCACGGUCCUGCUCCUUUCGAAGGCCACCCAUUCCAGCCGGAACCACAAUUCAACAUCCCAGAAGCCUUUGAUAUUCCACCCACAUUCGACCCUCAGCGCCGCAACUCUCAAUUCCAGACCCGCAACAGAACUCCAGAUCAACGCCGCAGCCGCUCGCGAGAACGUCGCAACUCUCGCGACUCCAAACUCGACUCCCGCGUGGAACGCAAAGUCGACAACAUCGGCGACAGACUCGAGCAAGUCAUCAACAAGGUGGACACCUGGAACAUCCGCGACAAUCGCUCUUCCUCAGAAGACUCCUACCGCGAGAACGAAUACUGGAGUGGUCAAUCAGGAGGUUUCUCCACACCACCCUCCUCCCCACCAAUGUCCGUCCGCGAACCGAAUGGCACACUGGGCGGACGCAAGUCCUACCGUCGUGACGGCGAGCGCUAUGACUCGGCAUAUCCACGCCAGCAGCGUCGCUACGAAAGCGAUGUGGUGGUUGAGCCGUAUACCAAUCGAGAUCGCCAACAUCGUGUGAGCUACAAUGAGGACCCACGACGUCGAGACAGCUUCAAUGGUAAUGGCAGUCGACCUCGCGCCAUCAACUACUCACGAGUGUCUCGUGCUGGGAGGCCGGUGCUGCACCACUCGAACACAUGGAAUGAUUACCCCAACGCCCCUGUGGCGGAGAGAGUCCAGCAGAGGGCGCUGCCACAGUAUCCGAGUGAGGACUACGACUUUGCAAACUAUAAUCGCGGGCGCGACAGAGGGUUUGAGGGCGACAGGAGGCGGUCGAGGAGGGAGUCGAUGGUGAGCCGCAGGGACUCCGGUUGA